AUGUCCACUUACAUAAAAUCAAGCUUUCCUUACAAUCGCACUGGAAUGGGCGACACACUGGAGACGAACCGCAUUAACCAUCUUAUUCUGAACUACUUGAUAGUGGAAGGCUACGAGAAUGCCACCUUGAAAUUUGGAAAGGAACUUGGUUUUGAUUUCAUCGAGCAAUUCCUGGACAGUGACAGGGUUGUGGCUGCUACAGGAGUGGAACCGGCAUCCCAAGAUGAAGACCUGGAUAUUCAGGCCGAGGCAGAUAGACUGUUUUCCAAGGAAAACAUCACCAACAGACUCAAAGACCUGGAGCGCGACCUGCCGGAAACAGGUCUCUCACGUGAUGCUCUUGGAAGAUUGACUUUGGGCCUUUCCACCAUCAAAACGCGGAAUCGGAUCAGAUCCAAUAUCCUGGGUGGGAGAAUAGCGGAGACUAUAGUGCUGAUCAACGAACAUUUCCCCACCCUUUUCGAGAAAAACCAAUUCAUAUACUUCAAGCUUUUGCAUUUGAACCUGAUCGAGAUGAUCAGGUCUCACCACAAAGACCCUGCCCAUUCUACUGAAGAUGAAAAGGUGUUUCUGGACGAGAUCCUCAGGUUCAUCAAGGAGAAGCUUUCUACCGUUAAGAUUCUCCAGAACAAGACGUUUAUUAAGGAAUUGGAGCUAACCAUGGCACUUCUCUGUUUUAGUGAUCAGAUGGGACGGGAUUCUGCGCCCGUGAGAAUGCCGCAAAAACUUAGAGCGUUGUUUGAUCUGAAACUUCGUAAAGAGGUGGGAACCCUGGUGAACAAGUCUAUACUAAUCAACCUGAACAAUGAGGAUAUCAACAAUCUAGUAUUGGUGGGAAAUGAACCAUAUGUGGCGGAAAUGGACAGGAAAUUACGUCCAAAGGGAACGAAUUUGCCGCGCGGUGAGUCUCAGGAUAACCUGUUGAUGAAGUUUAACGAUAUCGAGAACGUGAAGUUGAAGUCGUUGAUGAAGCUUUGGAUCUGGGCGACGUCAGAGAGUGAUAUCGACUGGGCGAAAAAGGCAUGA